GUGGUUCAUUCGGGAGGAGGAAGAGAGGAGUAUCGACACCACGGCAACGCUCACCGGCCGACGUCAGAAGUUAACAGUCGGUUCCUGCUUCUCUGGAUCCUCGACAUUUCUAGCUUCCGCAAACAUCAACAACAGUAAUCAUGGCAGAAGCCCACCAGGCGGUGGCUUUCCAGUUCACGGUCACUCCAGAGGGCAUUGAUCUGCAGCUGUCCCAUCAGGCCCUCACUGAGAUCUACCUCUCUGGUGUGCGCUCCUGGAAGAAGCGGAUCAUCAGACUCAAGAACAGUGUGAUAACAGGGGUGUACCCUGCCAGCCCUUCCUCCUGGCUUUUUGUGGUCAUAGCAAUCCUGGCUACUAUGUACACUCGCUCUGAUCCCUCCAUGGGCCUCAUAGCCAAGAUACAGGAGCACCUGCCUGUCAGCCAGUCGAUGAGUACCCAGUGCCAGGCGGUGGUGUCAGCAGUGCUCUUCAGCACCAUGCUAUGGCUCUUACUCAUCUUCACCAUGCGCCUGUGCCUCAAGCAGCUUCUCUCCUACCACAGCUGGAUGUUCGAGCAAAACGGCAAGAUGUCCAACACCACCAAAGUCUGGGUGGCACUGGUGCGGAUCUUUUCCGGCAGAAAGCCUCUACUCUACAGCUACCAGGGUUCACUGCCAAACCUGCCUGUGCCUGCCGUCAAGGACACAGUCAAGAGGUAUUUGGAAUCCGUUCGCCCGCUGAUGGACGACACGCGGUACGAACGUAUGACCCAGCUGGCCGCAGAGUUCGAGAGCAGCCUCGGUAACCGCCUGCAGUGGUACCUCAAACUCAAAUCUCUCUGGGCGUCCAACUACGUUAGUGACUGGUGGGAGGAAUACGUCUACCUACGGGGACGAGGCCCAAUCAUGGUCAACAGUAACUAUUAUGGCAUGGACUUCUUGAGUGUGACACCCACGCCCAUCCAGGCGGCCAGGGCGGGCAACAGCAUUCACUCACUCUUUCUGUACCGUCGCAAACUCAACAAAGAAGAGAUCAAACCUAGUCGUAUUCCAGGCACUGUCAUUCCUCUGUGUGCAGCUCAGUGUGAGAGGAUAUUCAACACCACACGCACUCCUGGAGAGGAGACCGACACUGUGCAACAUUGGCAGGACAGUGACUACAUAGUGGUCUACCAUAGGGGACGCUACUUUCGUCUGAGGGUGUACCAGGCAGGCAGACUCCUGUCCCCCAGGGAGAUUGAAUUCCAGAUUCAGAGGAUCCUAGAUGACCCUUCACCUCCUUGCAAAGGAGAGGCCAAACUCGGGGCCCUGACUGCUGGAGACAGAAUUCCAUGGGCUAAAGCUAGGGUGAAGUAUUUCAGCAGUGGAGUCAAUAAGCGCUCCCUGGACUGCAUCGAGAGAGCCGCCUUCUUCGUGGCCUUGGAUGAUGAAGAACAGGGCAUGUUGGAAGAUGACCCCGCGGCCAGUUUAGAUCGCUAUGCCAAGUCCUUGUUGCAUGGGAAGUGCUAUGACAGGUGGUUUGACAAGUCUUUCACGGCGAUUUACUUCAAGAAUGGAAAGAGCGGCGUAAAUGGAGAGCACUCGUGGGCUGAUGCACCAGUGGUGGCUCACCUAUGGGAGUACACCCUGGCCACCGACUGUUUCCAACUGGGUUACAAUGCGGAGGGUCACUGCAAGGGAGAGGUGGAUGCGUCACUACCACGACCACAGAAGCUGAACUGGGAAAUCUCUCCAGAAUGUGAGGAGCAGAUCUCUCAGUCGCUGGCGGUGGCCCAGGCCCUGGCCGAUGAUGUGGAUUUCCACGUUUUCUCCUUCGAAGACUUUGGCAAAGGAAAGGUCAAGAAGUGUCGAGUUAGCCCAGAUGCCUUCGUUCAGAUGGCUCUUCAGCUGGCCUACUACAGGAACCGGAAGACAUUCUGUCUGACGUAUGAAGCUUCCAUGACCCGUCUGUUCAGGGAGGGCAGGACCGAGACUGUUCGCUCCUGUACCAACGAGAGCACUGCCUUCAUCCGGGCAGUGGAAGGUGGAGAGACACCAGAUGUCUGCAAGCGUUUGUUCCGCGCAGCUUCAGAAAAGCACCAGCAUCUAUGCCGCUUGGCUAUGACCGGAGGUGGCAUCGACAGACACCUCUUUUGCCUCUACCUGGUUUCUAAAUACCUCGGAGUGGAUUCUCCUUUCUUGAAAGAGGUGCUGUCUGAGCCCUGGAGGCUGUCUACCAGUCAGACUCCUGUCCAGCAGUUGGAGCUGUUUGACAUAGUCAACCACCCAGAGUAUGUCUCCUGUGGAGGAGGCUUUGGUCCGGUGGCUGAUGAUGGUUAUGGGGUGUCCUACUGCAUUUUGGGAGAAAACAUGAUUAACUUCCACAUCUCGUGCAAGCACUCGUGUCCAGACACCGAUGCCCAUAAGUUUGGCACUGAGAUCAGAAAAGCCCUGCACGACCUGAUACAGCUGCUGGGCCCCAGCCAAAAAGAGCCCAACCAAACGGAGGAGAGUCGGCCUGAGGUCAAGAAAGACCAGUAGAUGGUUACUCAGGGGAAAAGGGCUGCUGAAGGGAAAGUGUGCAAGCAAACAUGUUAGAUUAUGAAGUGAGGAAAGAUGGAGUUUUGUCCUUGUGCACUGGGAGAAUUUUAUAGCCAGCAAGAUGAUAUUCAAGUGACAGCUCCAUAAGGAAACUGGUAUGAUGGAGGCAAUGUUUUUACUAUUUGUGUGUUUAUAUUAGCUGUGUGAUGGGUGUGUGAAGAGAAAAAUAGUCCAUAAAAAGAAUAACAAAUCAGGAAGUGUGAUUCUAAUAAAGUAUGGUUAUUGGUUUAGUUUAGUUUUAACAGCCAAAUUAUCUGGAAAAAAUAUGUAUAAAUAAAUAUCAUCAUCAUUAUUAAUAUUAUUAAAAAGGCCAGUGUGAAUUGCACCACUCAAAGUUAGGGUAGAAAUUCCUAACUUCACCUUAUUGCAGGGAGGAAUUUAAUAUAAAUUCAAGUGCAGUAUGUUUUUACAACAUGAAGUAUGCCACACUUUUUAUGCCACUAAAUUUCUGUUGUCGGAUUUGUUUGAAGACGCUAUUGUAAGUGUGUGAUAAAUCUUGAGUCUCGGAGCUUUAGCAUGGAGAGGAGACACGCAGGACUGUUGAGGUGACUUCAGUUUCUACUAUCUGAAUGCAACAUUGUCGUAACAGUGAGAAACAGGUAUUUUAAAAUCGUGGAAGUCUGUGACUUCUCAGUGUUUACCCAUGAUGUAUAAAUCUGCUUUUUACAUACAUGAUUGUAAUUCUCUGCUGAGAGUGCCAGGCUUGUUUUUACAUGUAGUGAAAUGACAUGGCUCAGUUAAAUUCCUAGGUUGGCAUUACUCUUUGAUUAGUAUUAUAUUCAGUGGCAUAUCACCCAGAAAAAAACUUUUAUUUUUAAUUUUCCAAGCUGUACAUACACAUAAUGUUGGCCAGUUUUUCCAUUCAGUGGUUAGUAAGCAUUUCAAACUUGCCAUGUUAAAAACUGUACUGUAAUGAACUCCAGUUAUUUCACUGCCAUCUACAAAUCCGUUUUGUAUUUUUUCAUUUGUCAUCACUGUGUUUUGAAACAAGCACUGUUACAAUGCAGGCUAUAUUUAUGAACAUGAAGUGCUGUUAUUCAGUCUCAAGCAGUGCUGCAGGUGAAGAUGUGGGUUACAUGUUAAACUGCAGUUUUGCAGUCAAGCCGUCUAAUUCAAAGGAUGGUACGUUACCAGUGACACAGAUUCCUGUCAUUCUCCAUUGUUUAACAGCUUUUUUUGUUGUUUUCACUCCAGAUCAGUUGAGCUUGUCUCAUUAUAUUGCUAUUGUCAGCCUUUUUUUAUCGCAAUAUUACAAGGGAACAUAAAGUCAUUCUUAAAGAAAAAAGGCCCCAGGUGUAUGUGUUUUGUUUUGGUUUUUUUUCCUUUAAAACAAAAGUGUUCCACUGAUUUUAGCUUUGCCCUCCUAAGACAUUGUUAGACUCACAAUGGACAGUUUAAAAAAAAAAAAAGGUUGCAGCAGAACCAGAGAUAUCUCUUCUUCGUUCCUCAGUGGGUCAGUAGGUGUGCUGUGCCCUCCGUCUGCAGGUCACAGCACACCUGUUAAAUAAUCAUGAGAAAUAAGAGUGAACAUAAAACAUAGAAGACAGCAUGAAACAUGUAUAAAUCAACCCCAUCAAGACAUGAGUAAUAUGUGCAUGUACAAUGUCAGAAAAAUGCCUCGAUGCCAUGAAAUCUGUGCUGUCCUGUGUUUAAGUGCUCAUACAGGGGCAUCAUCAUUGUUACACAUUGCAGAGUUUUCUGAACUUCUUGUUUUCUUUUUUCUGAAAAUCUUCCCAUCUGACUGAACUCUCCACUGAAGCUUGACCCUCUCAUCCUUUAUUUGGAUCUAAGGAGGCAUUU